AUGUCUCCCCUUAACUCUACUUCCACCCGAAAGCGCGGUCGGCCCCCCAAGUAUCAGUCUGCAGAAGAGCGACAGGCCGCGAAGAUAACACGACAACGAAAUCAGCGACAAGCCGCCCAAGCGGCUAAACGCAACACCUUCUUUGAUGAAUACUACUCGGCCGUCCCGACCCGACGCACAGUGAGCACCUCGAGGGGUGAUCUAUCAAAUUUAGAAACCGGAAGCCCUGCCCCAGCGGCUGCCGAAGAUGGCGAGGAUGUUUGCACGCUGGCACGCGUGCUGGCCGACCAGCUGUAUCAGCAUUACGGCUGUUGUCGGGAGUGCCAUGAGCAGGCCCGUGUGGCGCACCAAGAGACGCAUUCGGUUUAUACCGGGCUGGGGGAGUAUGUGGACCAGAUUAAUAUCGCUGGCGAUUUCCCGGAUGUGCUGGGCUCGGCUAUAAUCGCGGCCCGCGAGUCUAAUCUCGCCCAGCAAGUUACUAAGGCACGAAAACAACAGAUCUACUGCGGCAUCGAUCCUCACAAGCCCGAUGAAUCCCCAACGCAUCUCUGCGUGGCAGCCGACCAUCGUCCCGAUCCUUCCUUGGGCGUGACUGUUGAUAUCGAUAGCGUGGGUGGGUUUGUCAGUAGUCUGGCGGUAGCUCGUCGGGGGAUCCGAUGGCAUCCUACGCAGAUGGCGGUGUCCGACCUCCAGUCCAGCCUGCAUAUAGAUCCGGUUUCAGUCCAGUAUUUCGACUCCACCGGGCAGGCCCACCAUGUUCGCCGGCCGGUCCAUCAAGUCCCGCACUAUACCUUUGGUCGUCUGAUUGGAUUCGAAGAUCUCUCUCUGUAUCUGCUCUUUCCCCGACUGUACCGGGAAGAUCAGCAAUCCAGCCGUCUGCUAGACCAGGAUUUCCAGCAAUGGACGGACGAAAUCCUCCUCCCAAUCAUCAAUCGGUGUUAUUCCGGCGACCUAAUCCAGCACUACCCCUCUAGCUUUGACCAUAGCCGGCUGAACGCAACCGCCCGGGGAGUAGAAAUGCGGUCCCAGCGAGUGGAUCCCAUCCCCCGCGAGCAGCUCCUUGCCUACUUUCUUCCUCCCGAGGCGCUUCCUACGAUCUGGGAACAGAUUCUAGAGGCGACCCACCGCCCCGGAUUCCACCAGUUUCAGGAUCUCAAGAUUCUGAUCGAGGGGAAACUAACCUAA